CCUCCUGGCCCGGAACCCAGAGCAGGACAACCCACAGCCUGGACCGUCCCAGGCAUACAGGAUGGGGUCACCCUGCUAGACCCCUGCCUGUCUCUGCUGGCAGCAGGGUCCCCAGGCGGGGCCUGGGUCCCCAACCACUGCCGGGCCCCCCCGGACACCGUGUGCAACUUCGUGUGCGACUGCGGUGACUGCUCCGACGAGACACAGUGUGGUUACAACGGGGCCUCACCCGCCCAGAGCGCCCCCUUCGCCUGCAGCUUCGAGCAGGACUCCUGUGGCUGGCGAGACAUCAGCACCUCAGGCUACCGCUGGUACGUAGCUGUUGGCACUCAUCGCGGGAAAGAGCCGUCCGUGGCCGCCCUGCGCUCCCCCGUCCUGCGUGAGGCGGCCCCCACCUGUGAGCUGAGGCUCUGGUACCAGGCGGCCUCCGCAGAUGUGGCUGAGCUGCGGUUGGAGCUGACACAUGGCACGGAGACGCUGGCCCUGUGGCGGAGCUCGGGGCCCUGGGGCGAGGGCUGGCAGGAGUUGGUGGUGGCCCCUGGCCGCGUCCGGGGUGACUUCUGGGUGACCUUCUCUGCCACCCGCAAUGCCACCCACAGGGGGGCUGUGGCCUUGGACGACGUGACCUUCAGGGGCUGUGGGCUGCCCACCCCCCAGGCCAGCUGCCGGCUGGGGCACCACCGCUGCCGGAACCAGGCCUGCGUGGAGCCCCACCAGGUGUGCGAUGGGGAGGACAACUGUGGGGACAGCUCAGACGAGGACACGCCCAGAUGCCUCCUCCUGGGGCAGCGCCGCCGGCCUUUCCAGCUGGAGUUUGUCGGCCUCGUGGACUGGGAGGGCCCUGGCCAGCAGGGCGCCGGGGUGGACAGCGUGACCCUGAAGGACUGCAGCCCCGCCGUGGCCGCCAAGAGAGACACAGGUCCCACCCCCAUCCCCACUCCACACCCAGACCUGUCCCCACUCCACACCCAGACCACCUUAGGGACCCCAGAGACCCACCCGAGAGCUCGCCUCCCAGCUUCCCAGGCCUCAGGAGGGAUGGAGGGGGCCCAAGCUCAGCCGACGGGCCACCUCACCGACGCCCACUGGCACCGGGUGGAGAGCCGUGGGCCUGGGUACGACCACACCACAGGCAAAGGUGCCCACCUGCUCUCCCCGCCCCAGACGCCGGCAGCCCCUCAGCAGUGCCUGUCCUUCUGGUACCACCUCCACGGGCCCCAGAUCGGGACCCUGCGCCUGGUGAUGAGGCAGGACGGGAAGGACAGGCACCUGUGGUCGAGGUCCGGCACCCAGGGCAACCGCUGGCACCAGGCCUGGGCCACCCUCCCUUCCUGUGACUUUGAGACGGGCCUGUGUGGCUGGAGCCACCUGUCCUGGCCCAGCCUGGGAGGGUACAGCUGGGACUGGAGCAGUGGAUCCACACCCUCCCGGUACCCCCAGCCCCCCGUGGACCACACCCUGGGAACUGACGCAGGCGUGGUGCUGCCUCACUCCGUGCCUGCCCAGGUGGUGUUUGAGGCCGUGGCCGCUGGCGUGGAGCACUCCUACAUCGCGCUGGACGACCUGCUGCUCCAGGAUGGGCCCUGCCCUCCGCCAGCUUCCUGUGACUUUGAGACGGGCCUGUGUGGCUGGAGCCACCUGUCCUGGCCCAGCCUGGGAGGGUACAGCUGGGACUGGAGCAGUGGAUCCACACCCUCCCGGUACCCCCAGCCCCCCGUGGACCACACCCUGGGAACUGACGCAGGCCACUUUGCUGUCUUCGAAACAGGAGUGCUGGGUCCGGGGGGCCGGGCAGCCUGGCUGCGCAGC